AGUUAUUGAUGAACAAUGUCCUUCCGUUUUCCUUUCUCGGUCUGGACAGGAGGAGAUGCCAUGUUGGACUCCACGCCGGCUCCUGUGCAGAUUGUCGUGGUCCACAAAGAAGAACAUUCCUUUGAGUUGGACGAGAAGGCACUGAGCCAAGUCCUCCUGCAGGAUGCCAUCCGUGACCUCGACGUGGUGGUGGUGUCUGUGGCCGGUGCGUUCCGCAAGGGCAAGUCUUUCCUGUUGGACUUUCUCUUGCGUUACCUGUACACACAGAAAGAAAAGAGCGACGCAAAUUGGCUGGGGGUGAACAAUGAGCCCUUGACGGGUUUUUCGUGGCGGGGGGGCUCCGACCCCGAGACCACCGGCAUUCAGAUCUGGAGCGAAGUCUUCAUCGUGACGAAACCGAGUGGGGAGAAGGUCGCUGUUGUGCUGAUGGACACCCAGGGAGCCUUUGACAGCCAGUCCACCGUCAAAGACUGCGCCACCAUUUUUGCCCUCAGUACCAUGACAAGCUCAGUUCAGAUUUACAACCUGUCUCAAAACAUCCAGGAAGAUGACCUCCAGCAGUUGCAGCUGUUUACGGAAUAUGGACGUCUGGCCAUGGACGAAAUCUUUCUUAAGCCGUUCCAGACCCUGAUGUUCCUGGUGCGAGACUGGAGUUUCCCGUACGAGUAUAACUACGGCUUGGAGGGGGGCAUGAAUUUCCUGGACAAACGUCUGGAGGUGAAAUCUCAUCAACAUGAGGAGAUCCAGAACGUCCGCAAACACAUCCAUUCCUGCUUCACCAACGUCACCUGCUUCCUUUUGCCCCAUCCGGGCCUCAAAGUGGCCACCAGCCCAAAUUUUGAUGGCCGUCUGAGCGACAUAGCAGAGGAAUUCAAAGAUCAGCUGAAACAGUUGAUCCCGUUUGUCCUGGAUCCCAGUCAGCUCUUAGAAAAGGAGAUCAACGGCUCGAAAGUUACCUGUCGAGGCUUGUUGGAAUAUUUCAAGGCUUAUAUCAAGAUCUAUCAGGGGGAGGACCUGCCACACCCAAAGUCCAUGCUGCUGGCCACUGCGGAAGCCAACAAUCUGGCCGCUGUUGCCUCUGCCAAAGACCUGUAUUACAACAGCAUGGAAAAGAUCUGUGGUGGAGACAAGCCCUACGUUGCACCCGAGGUGCUGGAGGAGAAGCACCGGGAGCACAGCACCCUGGCGUUGGAGCACUUCCGGCGCAUCAAGAAGAUGGGCGGCCGGGAGUUCAGCCAGCGCUACGAGGAUGAGCUGACGAAGGAACUGAAUGAGCUCUUUGAAGACCUUGCCAAGCACAACCAGAGCAAGAAUAUCUUCAAUACCUUCCGGACCCCCGCCACCAUCUUCAGCCUCAUCGUGGUGCUCUACCUUUGUUCGGGGAUCACCGAGUACAUCGGACUGAGCACCGCCGCCCAGCUCUGCAACUUCGCAGUGGGGCUUUUGCUGCUGUCCCUCGUAGCCUGGGGCUACAUCCGAUAUUCGGGCGAAUACCGCGAACUGGGGAUCAUCAUUGACACCACAGCGGAGUUCGUGCUGCAGAAGAUAAGACGGGGCUAUGGGAAUGCCCCCGUCCAGAGAACAGGAGUCUUGGGCCCCUCAACCCAGAGGGCACCAACAGACAAAAAGGCCAAAUGAGUCCGAGUCCCGAAAUGUUGGUGGAAGCACCGGAGACCGGCUUUCCAAUCCAGAAAUCGCUUUGCCAAGCUUCAUAGACAACAACUCCGAGCGUCUGAGUCGGGAUCUGUUCCCCCCCUUCCCGCUCAUCUUUCUUUUACGGCCCCUUCCCCGUGUUUUUAUCUUCCUCCCUCCAAGGAGAAUCUUUUGCACUUUAACAAGGAGACAACACAGCCGCUUUAAAGCCAUUUCCGUACCGGUUAGUGCCUUCAGAGACGAAGAGGGAAACCAACUUGACAGCUCAAGAGCAAGAGGCCAGUCCCCCCCC